ACUUCUUACUCCAUUAUGGUCACACUUGAGUGUCUGUGUGGUGAGAAAAAUUCUUCCCUCGUUUCAUUCCUGAAAUUCUCCUCACCGCGUGGCCAUGACUGGACUACAGAGCUUCUGACUAGGGUCAAGACCAUGCCUCUGGUAACACGAGGUCAGGCCAGUGCAGGCAAUUCUGUGAGCUGCAGCUCCAAAAAUUGACAGUUAAGCAAGAAUUCCAUUUUCUUUGCCAGCUGGAGCAAGCCCUUGUUUUCAGCUCAUUUGCUAUUCAGCGGACCAUGGAUUUUUCUAGGAACAUCAGCAGAUGCUGAUCACGAGGGGCUGCAUCAUAGAAAGUGGGGAAAGUGCCUGGGGACUAAAGAACAGUCUUAUUCUCCCUCUCCCUGGGGAAUGUUGCUCCCUGCUGUGGCAGAUAUGAUCCUUUUUAGUCCGUGACCCACUGCAAAGUACAAGUUUUAACUGCUGUUCCCACAGGAACCAUGCAAGAAUGUUGGGUUGGCCCUUGCCGAAGUUGAGAUGAAGGGAUAAAUAUGGCUUUUUGAAGCCCUGGCGGUUCUGCACAGCUUUGGCAGUAACUGCAGAGCUGCUCACAAAUGCUCCAAGUGCAACUGCGAGCACAAGGAUUACCAAUGCCUUCGGUAAGAGAAUGUCUUAGCAUCUGUCGCAUCUCCCUCUAAAAAAGCAUUAAAGACCAACAUGGAUCAAGUAGAACAACUCUCUGCAGACAGAAGGAAGAGCUUCCUCUCAGUGGACAAGAGAAAGAGCGGUGGCUGUGGGACCGUUGUGGGAUUUUUCUGUGUAUUCCCGGUGGUGGCUUUGCUGGCAGCUGUGGGAGAUCCAGCUGGAGCGGCUAUUCGGAAGAGUCAGGAAGAUGCCACCUCCCCUGGUCUGCGUGGAGCGAGUGCCUCUGCUUUGUAUGGUCCAGCUUUCCCACCUCGGCCGCCGGCACGGAGGAAACGAUACACCAUCACCCCAGGACACUUGAAAUGGGACCACUUCAACCUGACAUACAAAAUCCUGUCCUUCCCAAGGAACCUCAUAAAUGCCAGGGACACACGCAAGGGGCUGGCGGCUGCGUUCCGGAUGUGGAGUGAAGUCUCGCCAUUCAGCUUCAGAGAAGUGCCACGCCACGUAGAGAGCGACUUGAAAAUAGGGUUCUACUCUAUCAACCACACGGACUGCCUGGAGUCUCUCAUCCACCACUGCUUCGAUGGGACCACAGGAGAACUCGCCCACGCCUUCUUCCCACCCAACGGGGAGAUCCAUUUUGAUGACCAUGAAUACUGGAUAUUGGGAAACACACGGUUCAGCUGGAAGAAAGGUGUUUGGCUCACAGAUCUGGUACACGUGGCCGCCCAUGAGAUCGGCCACGCCUUAGGACUCAUGCACUCCCUGAACCCCAAUGCCCUCAUGCACAUCAACGCCACUUUGACUGGGAAAAAGACCAUCUCUCAAGAUGAAGUGUGGGGAAUUCACCGACUCUACGGCUGUAAAGAUAGAUUAUUCAUGUGUCCCUCAUGGGCACGAAAAGGUUUCUGCGAGAAACGUAGGAGGCUGAUGAAAAAGCACUGUCCGUCUACCUGCGACUUCUGCUACGAAUUCCCAUUUCCAACAGUGCCCCCUACUCUGCCCCCACCCAGGACAAAAACGAAGACCGUUUCCGAAGGCAGGAACGUCACCUUCCGCUGCGGACAGAAGAUCAUUCAUAAAAAAGGCAAAGUUUACUGGUAUAAAGAUAAGGAGCUGCUGGAGUACUCGUACCCGGGUUACUUGUCCUUAAAUGAAGAUCAUAUGAGCAUCAUCGCAAAUGCAAUUAAUGAAGGAACUUACACUUGUAUAGUAAAGAAAAAAGGAAGAAUCUUGACUACUUAUUCCUGGAGAAUCAGACUGAAGCACUAAGGAGGCCCUGGAACGAGCACUUCAGUUACUGCUGGUUCCGUUUCCAAUUCAAAAUGUUUCUUUGGCAUUUGGUAUUUAAUCUCCAGUUGUGUAACUGAACUUUGAAAUCGGUUGCUUCCAGACCUUGGGCAAAAGAGACUCUGAGACUUGAUUACUGGAAUGUAAGACUUUUCCAACUCAGUUUUAAUGAUAAAGAAUUGAUUCCGUAGGUGCUGUACAGAGAAUUAAAGAAGACUUUUUUUAAAUAGCAAAGUGUGAGAUGUUGCAGUUAAACCGUGCGGAUCACCGCGGGCUGCUGGAAAACACACAGGUCAUCAAACAGGGAUGAACAGAGGGAUGAACAGAGGGAUGGCUCAGCUCCGUGGCAAGGGAGGCAGAGGUACUGUGGAAGGACAACGACCCACUCCACGCUGUAAGUGCUUUGCCUCCUUCUGUCAGACCCUGGUGCACAGCAUAAGAACAUAUUAGAAAGAACAAGACCCAAUAUUGUUUUAUUUAUCAGGAGGAGGAUAUAAGGUUACAACAAACCCUUUCUAAUCAUUCCACAUUGUUCAGUUCAAGCAUCCACAGAACGGCUUUUUACCCCCAACCGCCUUCCCAUGGUUUGUGUUUAUUACGUGUGCGUAAUCUUAUCUCAAGAGAGCAUUUACCUCCACUGGGGGCUCCGCAGAACUUGUCCUUUAGGUGUCUGAUCAGGAAGCCACCGGACUCGACUUCAACAGAGAUGAGGUAAUUUCCAUGACUGUCCUCCCGGUCACCAAGCCACAUCCAACAGGAAAACGGCAUAAGCAGUGGCGGGCCCAGCCUGGUGCUCUCACACGUCUUGGGCAGUGGAGCGCUCAUUUGCUCUCUUAGGAAUCCCUGACAGUCAUUAUGCUUAGCAAGAUCCCUACCCAGUGUUAAAGCUUCCCAUCUUGCGCUUUGCUUAGGUUCAUCCAAUUGUCCUCUUAACCUCUUGGAACAAAUUUGUUCCUAUCUAAAAGCACAAAACUGCAAGGCAUCUCCCACACUGGGGCAGAGGUCAGCAGUCCGGAAAGAUCUCUGAAUUGGAGCAGAGUUGCCCUCAGGGUUAGGACAGCAAAAGCACAAGGGAAAAGAAAGGAACUGAUAACGGCUGGUACGGCUGCAGUGACUGUAAUUGCGCUGGCAGACUUCUAGCACAAACUCUGCACAGCUCCACCACAGGGCUCCCACGGCUCUGUCUGCGGGAUCCGGAGAAGAGAAAGAAGAGCUGAUCCCCACAGCCUUCAGUAACUGUCACAAGGGAUGUCUGCGAGGAGGCCUCAUGUUCGAGUAGAGCCAGAGUCCUCCAUCUCUCCACCACAGCCUAACGCUGUCUUUUAAACAUCACUUAUGAUUUCUGAGCUUCACCGUUUCUCUGAACGCUGUUCCUUUGCGCUGCAGUAACCCACCGUGCUCGCUGCAGCGCCCUACAGCUCUCUGACGCUUCUGGCAGGCAGCAACCACGCUGGAGUCUGGGAAUAAGCAAUCGCCCAGGCAAAAGUGGCAGCGGCAGGGUAACAGCUACGGGUCCGCUUUGCCCAGCUCGCCUGAGACAGGAGCUGCCUUCGGGGAGUGGCUGCUGACCUGAAGGCUGGUGGAAAAAGACACCAAUGAAACAAGACGCAGGCUUAAGACACCAGGCCACAGCCCUGCUCUGCCGUUUGUCCCAUGUGCCAGCGACCCGAUCGGCGUGGCACAGUGCUCCAGCGUGUGGAUCUACGCUGCCUGCGCUUUCCAGGCUCUCUGGUCACCCAGCAGAACCGUCGACAAACUCUGAAAACAAAACACUUGAUUUUCUGUAAAGAUGCCAAGAAAAAAAAAUGAAGGUCUCCCCGCCCAGGCACCGCAGGACCCGGCUCCCGCUCGCUGAAUGCAGCGCUGCCAGGAUGGAAAAUGCUUCAGGGAUUCAGCAAUAUCCUCAAGGUAAGCAACAAGACUUACGUGCUCUUAGAUUACAACUUGAAUUCAUAAAAAUAAACCCACAACAAAGCAAGUGCCUAAACUAGAACAGUCCCGUGAUCCCACCACACACUCGGGCUGUGGAAUUUCUGUUUUAAAUGCACCGGUUCUGCAGAUUUUCCAUGCUGGCACCAGUUGAUUAGAAAGACCAAAUUCCAGACUCAUUGGACAGGAGGAUACUGUAUCUGGUGAGAGAGACCUGAACUUUUUUCCUCUCCUUCCUUCCCUCUGCAAAGCUGACGCGUGACAUAAAAGCAAACUCCUCUCCCUCAGUGUCAGAGCUCCGGUCCUCGGCCGUGCUGGGAAGAACAUCCACUACCUGCACACAAAGCCCCGGUCUGUAAAGUUAAAUAUCAAUGAUCACAGCUUUUAACGUGCAGUUCGCCCAUCAGUGUUGUUUUGCCCUUUCACUUCUCACAUAUUUAUUGUACAUAAAUAAAUAAGCGUAGGAUUCAGUUUUACCAUCACAUCUGAGAGUACAGAACUUAAAAAUGUGUCUUUGCAUGGACAAUAAAAGGCAAACACUCUGCAAAAAGAGACAGCCAAGACAAAAUAACCGAAGAACACUGCAGUGCUCCGGGAGAGCGGGUAUUUCCCUUUUACACAACAAAACUCUGGAGGUGCACAUCUUUCCCAUAACCACAUUAAAUUCUCGCUGCAACCCAGCAUUAAGUUUUCUUCUACUAAAACUAUCCCAGCUUAGCUGAAUAACCCUUUUUGUCAGGACCGCGGCUCUGGCAGCGAUGCCCACACAGGCGGCAGCAGCGCCAAGGAAGCGAGGAAGGAAAUUGUUCACGGAGCCCAAGAUGCACAGCACA